UGUAUUUUGUUGAAUAAACUUAUUAUUUCCCAUAAAAAAUUUCCUAUAGGCCCUCCCUACGAAGAUACGGCCCCUUAAAGACGCCGCUAGAAAUCGUUUGUUAUUUAAUAACUUUUGAAGUACUUUUUAUAAUUUAGGCCAGAGCACUGAAAAUAAUUUUUGAGUGAGGUCAUCAUAUGUAGCCUAACAAAUAGGAUCAUAUAGUAGCCAACUAACGCGUGACAGUCGGCGACAGGUUGGUUGUUUAUCUUCCCGCUUUUAUUGCCGGUUCCAUUCGCGUUUUUGUCAUUUUUACACAUUAAAAUCUAUAAUAAACUGAUCUGACUAUUCCGUAUAAGUGUUGUGCACCAGGAUGACGAAAUGAAAUUACUCUAAAAACGGGCCUAAAGUUCAUGCGUUUAGUUUUUUAAAGGAGAGUGAUCUGCAAAACAAAUGGUUAUUCCGCGAAAUGAUUUAGUGCCUGGUGAAUACUCUAAGGCCCAGCACCCACAGAAGUGGUAUUGGCUUAUGGCGUGGCAGUGGUGUGGCACCGACGUGGCAGCGGCCUGGCGUUUUGACGCCUACGAAAGUGGCACAGAAGCAGCACACAAAAUGCAAAUUUAGUCAUUACUACAAUGUCGUCUUCAGAGGACGAAGAUGUUCUUGCUUUAGUGCAUUUAAAUAAUAUUAAAAGAAGACGAUAUUGGGUACAUCCUUUAUGGAAAAAGAAAAACAAAAAAUAUGGCAGCUUUAAUGUAUUUAAAGAGCUAAAUCAGUAUCCAGAACGGUUUCAGUCUUUUUAUCGAAUGUCUAAAGACUGUUUUACUCGGCUACUAAACAUAAUAAAACCAAAAAUAACUAAAAAGAAUACAAACUGGAGAAAUUGUGUUAGUGCAGAAGAGCGAUUAUUAAUAACUCUUAGAUACUUUGCCACGGGCUCAUCUUUUAAGUCCUUACAAUUUUAUUUUUUAAGGGGACAUACAACAAUACGAAAAAUUGUUUAUCACACAGCUAAGAUGUUAUGGAAAACUCUACAGCCACAGUUUUUACCAAAACCGACUAGUGAAAAAUGGUUGGAUAUCGCUGAACGCUUUUAUAGUCUAUGGAAUUUACCUAAUUGUAUUGGGAGCAUUGACGGCAAGCACAUUAGGAUAAAAGCACCCCCAAAUUCAGGAUCUGCAUUCCACAACUAUAAAGGUUUUUUUUCUAUAGUGCUGUUAGCUGUUGUCGACGCAGAUGGCUUAAUUAUUUCUGUAGAUGUGGGUGAAUAUGGCCGCAACAGCGAUGGGCGUGCGUUAAAAGAAAGUAAAUUUGGAAAGUGUCUGGUUCGAGGAGAACUUAAUAUACCAGAUCCAACUCCUCUACCUGGUGAAGAUGUAAAUAUUGGUUUUCCCUACUACUUUGUAGGUGACGAAGCAUUUCCGCUCAGAAGCGAUCUUAUGAAACCAUUUGCCCGCAAUCAACUUACCAAUGAAAGAAGAAUGUAUAAUUACAGAAUUUCUCGGGGACGCAAAUCAGUGGAAUGCUGCUUUGGUAUGUUAAGUACUAAAUUUGGAAUAUUGCAAACGCCCAUCUGUAUGAAAACGAAAAGGAUUGAUAUAAUAAUCCUAGCAAUAUGUGCUUUACAUAAUUUUAUUCUUGACAAAAAAAUCCGAAAAAGUUCCGAAAUAAAGACGAAUUAUUCCAAGUCCUAAAAGAAGCAUGGAGUGAAAUUUCCGGAGAUAUUAUACACAAUCUUCUUGAAUCUAUGCCAAGACGGUGUAGUGAAGUUGUGAAGAAUAACGGUUAUGCCACAAAGUAUUAGUGUGCUUUUAUCCACAUUUUGUAUUAUAACAUAAUUAUGUCAUGAAAAUAAAAAGUUUCUCCAUUUUUGUCCUUAGAGAAAAUAAAUUUUGUUUGCAUAUUUUGUAAUAAAUUAUUUGUUUUCAA